AUGGCGUUUAUUCGACCUUACAAGCCCGAGGAUUUUGAAGCUGUGGCGCACAUUUGCCGCGCAACCCUCCCGGAGUCUCUCGCCAGCUCCCCCGAUACCAUCGCCCUAGCUCCUUACCUCUGGGCCCACCAAUACACCCAUCUCUCCCCCCAAACCUGCUUCGUCCUCGACGACUCAACUGGCAGAGCCGUAGGCUACGUGGUCGGCACCCCUUCCAUCCCGUCCUUCAUCGCCUCCUAUCCUUCCUACAUAACCACCAUCCUCUUCCGCGACGUGCCCCCACCCGGGCCGGGACCGCGAAGAGACUGGCUCAUCCCCGAGGGAGAGGAAGGCGCGGGCGAGGUAGACCCGGAAUGUCUCAGGCAGAUGGCGUACGAUGCGUCGUGGCUUUUGGAGGAGAGCAGGGAGGAUAUCGUGGGGGAGUAUGGGGCGACGUUGCAUAUUGAUUUGGACGAGAGAUGGAGGGGUGGCGGGUGGGGGAAGAGGUUGAUUGAACGGUUUUUGGAGAGUGUGAUGGAGAUUUGGAAGACGGAGGAGGGGGGGUUGAGUGGGGGGAAGGGUAGGGGUGUGCAUGUGGGGAUUGCGGGGGAGAAUGCCGAGGUGAUGGGAUUUUAUGCGAGGUGUGGGUUUGUGUUGUUGGGGGAGAGGGAUGGGACGAUUUUGAUGGGGUUGAAGGUUUGA